UACUUUGAAGAUAUGAUCACAAUAGUUUCAUUUAAUAUCAGUCGUUGAAGCUGUGAACGUAUUUCGGUAGAAAUUGAGCAAAGGAAAAUGUUCAAAAUAUACUUAGCUGCUUGUUUCAUUCAAGUUUUCUCGAUCGGAUGCUUGUCACAGGCUAGCAAUCUAGGCAUUAAAACAAACGGUCCGUAUUCUGAGCUUCUUCAACAUGUGUACUUGAAAAGCGUAGAGUGGCACUCUCUAAUUGAUAAUAAGUUCUAUGAAGUUCAUUCUAAUCUGAGCCGAGUCAUAAUGGACGUUAACGGCCAUUCAGUGACAUCAUUGGUUAAAGGAGUGGCAAAACUGGAAACACUUCGUAGUCAAGUGAAGGCCUUCUUAAAUUCACGUACAGCAGAUGACCAGAAUUGUAUAAGCAAAAUUCACACCAAAACGGACAAAUUAUUGUUUAAAAUGGGCACUAAGAUUUCCGAUUGCGCUGUUCUUGCCGACCAACAAAUCCAAGGUAUCUCAAAUAAAAAAAUUGAUUUGGGUACAGACAUCUUAGAAGUCUCUGAGCUGUUAUUAUCUGGAACACUGGAAGUUAUUACCGAUCACUUCGCUAGAGGAGGAUCGUUUAAUGAUCUGCCGGACAUUCAAGAGGAAUACGAGGAGGCAUUCGCUGAAGCAGACGAUGAAAUUUACAACGAAGUAAUUCCGAACAUUCAUGACGAAAUGAAUUCAAUGAGAGAAGAAGCGCUAGACAUACCCGCUGCUGUUGAAGAGUGUGUCAGCAAUGUCCUAACUAGAUUGAAUGAUGUCGUUGGUGACACUGGUAAAUUGGUAGAAAGAUGUGGAACAAAGUAAAUUUUUUUGUUGUUUUGAAUUUAACAAUCGAAAAUUAAAUUUUAUCGGAUUUGGGAAAAUAUAUAGUUUUCUGAGGUUACUAGUCA